AUGCAGGCUUCAGAAGAAAUGAAACAUGCUCUCAAUGGUAAUGGAAAUGGCCAUAAGAAUAGUGUUUGUUCUGUUGAUUCUGUCAGCUCUCACCAACAGGGCCACUCUGUAGACAAAAGUCACAUAGCUAUUAUGGAACCUGACGAUACCCACGAUUUUCCUUCGUUUAGUCAAGGUGAGGAAGUACCCAAUGAUUCAUUUAUGGAUUUUGGUAAUGCUGAGGAUACAGGCAGAGUAGAAGAGCGUGUUGAUGAUACAUCGGAAACCCCAAAGAAGGGAGCAAGCUUGAAUAUUCCGAAGCAUCAAGAUUUUUUGUCGCUAUUUAGGCAUUUGAAGGAUAUUCAGGGUGCAGAAGAUGCAGAAGAUGUUGAAGAUGGGGGAAGAAAUAGUACAGUGGAUGAAAAUGCCGAAAAUGGUAAAGGUGGGGAAAGUACACAGCGUUCUCAACAACUUCAGCAAUUACAACAGCAACUCUCCAAGUACCUUCACCAUCACUUUAACAGUGGGGUCAACUCCGAGGAAUCACAUCGGUUCCAAAGCAGGCUACUCAGGGGUUUUAAAAAGGCAAGAGGUGAUGACAACAGAAAUAAUAGGAGAAGGUCCACCAUGGUAUUCAAGGAUUCCAUUCAGGAGUUGGAUUACAAGAAUCAGGAAAAGAUGGACUUCAUUAUUACCUCUUUGACUGCUGGAUACCCAGAGGUUUUGUUUACCUCUUCAUAUUUUCUUAACGAUGAGCAUAGUCAGAGAAAAGUUCCGCUUCUACUCUCUUUCUUGUCACUUUCUAUUACUGAAGUUACUAGAAGUAAGCAUUCCAAAAGAAGAGUUUUCAAGUUGUAUCUGGAAUACGGCUUAGGAAAUGAUGUUCUAAGAUGGACUCUUCUUAAAGAUUAUAAGCAGUUGAUGAGUUUUCACAAUAAGCUCAGGAUUCAGGUGUUACAAACCAAUGUGCUAUUCAAAGGUACAGAGAAAAGGGUCAUAAAGAUUCCUAAGUUUCCCAAGCUAAAGGAUAGUCGCAAUUAUUCUUCCACUUCUGAAAUGCAUUCCCCAUUGCAUACACCUACCGAAAUUUCAUCACCAUUGCGGCAAUCUACUGACUUUACUUCUUAUAAUUCUGAGAAUGGUCAUGCCCAUCAUUUGUCAUCUUCUUCAAGAGAAGUUGGUACCCCUGCUGACGAGUCGUAUGUAACUGCCCUACGAUCUAUUGACUCUUCAAUAUCUUCUGAUGGUGCGGCGUCUACUCAUUCAGGCUCUUCUAUCAUAUCCAACAUUUCCAAUGCUUGGAAACGUGCUUUUCUUAAGUUUAAUAGAGGUGGAGCACCAAGGAAGGGCUAUAGCUUAAGAGAGGGUCUUCAGCAGUAUUUCGAUGAGCUAAUAAAGUGCUUACUUUUGCGUACCGAGUCUACGAGACUUCUUCAGUUUUUUGAAUUGUCACCGAUAAGCAUCCUACUCGAUAAGGAAAAUGUCGAGAAAAGGAAAGAGGGAUACUUGUUUAUCAAAACUACCGCAAAGGCACAAGGUUGGAAAGUUGGCCACUUGAAAUACAGAGAUUUCAAAGCUAUGGUUGUGAGACACACCUCUAAAUGGUUCAUUGUUGGACACAGUUAUAUCAUGUAUGUGUCUGAUAUUAACUCGACGACACCUUUGGAUGUUUUUCUUGUUGAUUCCAGUUUCAAGAUGUCUCUUUUUGGUUUUGCUGAACUAUCUAAAGGUACAAAUGUUUCGGAUUUUCUGAAAGAACAAAUGCAGGCCGAUUCAGAGUCCAGUGAUGAAGAAGAUGACGGCACAGUGCCUAGUGAUUUUGCUAUAAGAAGAAAGAAUCCGUAUUUUUCAAUGACCCUUGAAAACUCCGAGAGAAAGUUAAGUGUUAUGUCGAAGUCUGCCAAGGAGCUAAAAAAUUGGUGUCUGUCUAUUUACGAGAUGAUGUCCCAGUCUGAGUGGAGUAAGCCACAUAGAUUUGAAAGCUUUGCUCCUAUUAGAACGGAUUGCUUUGCUCAAUGGUUUGUUGAUGCCCGAGAUUACAUGUGGGCUGCUUCUUCAGCUAUGGAAAUGGCCAAAGAUGUUAUAUUUAUUCAUGAUUGGUGGCUAACUCCUGAAUUAUACAUGAGAAGACCUCCAGAUGGAAACCAGGAGUGGAGGAUUGAUAGAAUCUUAAAACGGAAAGCCGAACAAGGUGUGAAGAUAUUUGUCAUUGUCUAUAGAAAUGUGAUUAACACGGUUAUAACUGAUUCGCUUUGGACCAAGCAUUCGUUAUUAGAUCUUCAUCCCAACAUUCAUGUCAUGAGAUCGCCGAAUCAAUGGAUGCAAAAUGUCUACUUUUGGGCUCAUCAUGAGAAGUUGUUAAUCGUUGACCAGACGGUUUGCUUCCUUGGUGGUAUUGAUAUCUGCUAUGGUAGGUGGGAUACUCCGGAUCAUACCUUAAUAGAUGAUCAUCCGUACGCUUUCCAAGCACAGGCGUCUUCUCCUUCCAAGGUCGGGCAUGCGUCGUGUCAAGUUUUUCCAGGUAAAGAUUAUUCGAACCCAAGAGUUGGUGAUUUCUUCGAUUUACAUCAUCCAUUCCAAGAUAUGUGUGAUCGGGAGACAACUCCAAGAAUGCCAUGGCAUGAUGUUCAUAUGGUGACUUGUGGACAGCCGGCCAGAGAUCUAUCUCGUCAUUUCGUUCAGCGUUGGAAUUAUUUGCUACGUCAAAAGAGGCCUUCGCGUUUGACGCCAUUAUUACUUCCCCCUCGCGACUUCACUGAAGAGGAAUUGGAUCGAUUCCACUUUAAAGGUACCUGUGAAAUACAAUUGUUGAGGUCGUCGUGUUCGUGGUCUCUUGGCCUUCAAAAGCACGAACAAAGUGUUCAAAAUGCAUAUAUGAAAUGUAUUGAGACUAGUGAACACUUUGUGUACAUAGAGAAUCAAUUCUUCAUUACAUCAUGCGAGGUUGAUGGUGUCAUGGUUAUGAAUCGUAUAGGUGAUGCUCUAGUUGAUAGAAUUAUACGUGCUCAUAAGGAUAAAGAGACAUGGAAAGCAGUCAUUAUGAUUCCCUUACUGCCCGGAUUUGCAAGUGAAGUCGAUAACCACGACGGUUCAUCCGUGAGACUUAUUACAAGAUGUCAGUAUAUGUCCAUUUCUAUGGGGGAAAGUUCUAUUUAUGCCAAAUUACGGAAGCUCGGUAUAAUUCCGGAAGAUUAUAUUCAAUUCUAUUCGUUGAGAAGGUGGGGUAUGAUCGGCAGAAAGAAGUUAUUGGUGACAGAACAGUUGUAUAUUCACGCUAAAGCGAUGAUAGUGGACGAUCGUACUGCUAUUAUUGGAUCUGCCAAUAUCAAUGAGAGAUCCAUGAGGGGUACACGAGAUUCAGAGGUUUGUGCUAUUGUUAGAGACAAAGAUAUGAUUAAUAGUUAUAUGGAUGGCAAGAAGUAUAAAGUCGGGAAAUUUGCUCACACCUUGAGGAUGCGACUAAUGAGAGAGCACCUUGGGGUUGACGUUGACUUAUUAGAUAUGGUGGAGAGACGGUUUUCGGAAAUUGAAUCAUUUGCUAGUACUGAUCUUGGUCUCACAGCCUCAACAUUGAAAGGUGCGCAGCACGGCGAUAACAGACUCUCAGCGAUGAUAGAGUUAGGAACCAGAUAUUUGUUGAAAGAAUAUGACGGUACUGAGAAGUUUAAGUCGAUUCUCACCAAGAAUUCCUCAGCCGGAGGGCCACUUUCUGAAAAGAUGCAGGAGUCAUUUGGCGUUAUCGAUGUGAAUGACAACAGCAAUAAUUUGGAUGAUAUACCUUACAUUUAUUCGUUUAACCAUCGUGCUAGUAAGGAAAAUAUCGGAAUCAGAGAUCGAAAGCCUUUUUCCACCGAUACAAGAGUCACUACUCCCGAACAUAGAAGUGAUGUUUUGGGUUAUGGUGAGGACAAAUAUCAAUCUGAUUUCUACGUUGAUUCUAAAGCCAAAGUUAACAGUUUCCUUCGAAAGGCAGCGGAAGCGGCUAGUGAGGAUGGUCUUUUACCUUACUACGAAGAUGUCAUUGAAUUCCUCAACGAAGAGGAUGAAAAUGUUUCCAUCGAUGAACUCAAUAGAGAGCGUUGGGUUAUGUUGAAGAGACUCUUUUACAUGCAAAAAUUAGAGUCUAAGAAGGCAUAUGACGCUCGGGAGCAGACGUCGCCAUCUCCAGAGGAUGCAGAGAGAAAUAGUGCUACCGCUAGAGAUAUCAAAUUGGAGUCGAUCCCGGCAACGACUUUGAGUGAUGAUGAAAUUAAGGAGAUUGAUAAGAAUAUUUUACCUCAGACUGUGACUGAUUUUGUGGAUCCUUACUCCUUUGAGGAUCCAUUAGACAUUGACUUUUUUGAAGGGAUGUGGAUGCCGCAAUCAAUUAGAAACACUAUGCUUUAUGAAAUGGUAUUUCAUGUUCAGCCAGAUGACUCGGUUCUGAUCUGGAAAGAGUAUAAGCGAUUUCAAGAGCUUAAGCAGGCUUUUAUGGAGAAUCAAAAGUUAGAACGCGGGUAUAAUGAAAGCGAUGUUGAUGAUAAAUAUCCAACCUAUGAGGGGGAUGACGAGGUCAUUUUUGAAGGUAACUUGAAUCAGGAUGGAGCUUCUGACUCUAUGCCAGGAUCUUCUGACUCUGCACAAGUGCAUUUUGAAAGCUCUGAAGAUAAAAGUGAAAGUAAAGAGUCAUUGCUGGAUUUAAAGAGAAGAACUAUGCGGAGAGCCCGGAUGACCGAGCUGGACAGAUUCCAAAGGGCCGGAAGUCUUUCUGGUGGUAUGGGGCCUAUGAUGUUUGGUGGAGGACUUGUUGGUAAUUAUGGUUCGAUGUCAGUGUAUGAUUACGAAACUGCAAAAAAGCUUCUCGGACUAAUUAAAGGUAGGGUAGUUAAGUUUCCAUCUAAAUGGCUUAAAAAGGAGGUGGAGGGCUCGAAUUGGUUUUACAAAGCUGACAAGCUUCCACCGAUUCAAAUAUACAACUAA